UACUGUUUGAGUGUGAGUUUAUAGCAGCAGUACCCAACACAACAACAACUUCAGCUUUUCCUUUUUCUUUGUUUAUUUACAUUCACAUUUUUAUUUUUCCCAAUUUUUCUCUUUCCUUUUCUUUUAAGACUUGAAUUUUCUCUCCAACUCUUCAAAGUUGGUUUUCUCUCAAUUUAUUUUCUCUAAAUUUGUUUAGGAAUUCAAGUGGGUUUCUGUAGAUCCACAUUUUGUGAAGGUAGCAGCAAUUUGAAGGGUUUUGAUAGCUGGUUUUGCGGUUGUAGCUGUUUGUGAUGGUAUUUGUUCAUCCAAUAUGGAGAGGAUCCCGGAAUUGAAGUCGCUUCCAGUUCACUUGUCUUCUGCUAGUGUGAUAGUAGGGAAUAAAGUUAUUUCUGCUAGAGAACAGUUGAGUCGAUCCAAGGGACGAGAUGCUCAGGACUUGUAUUUUCCUGUGCCUACGAGACCAUGGAAGGGAAAAAUAUCCCUGCAAGAACAGGACGAUCUGAUGUUAGAUGUUAUCACAUCGAAUCAUAGUGUUGAUUCUGUUGAUGAUGGUGUUGGCUCAAGCUCCUUUUCAGGUGCUAGUCAUCCUCCGGAACCUGUUGAUACUGAUUUGAUGAGACCAGUGUAUGUGCCAAUCAGUCAGAAGAAGUCAGAUGCUGUAUCCUUGGUGAAGAGCAUGUCUGUGAAGGGUCCUUUUAUUGAUGAUCUUUCAAUCCAAGCUCCUCCAAAAAAACCAAUCCCAGCUGCUCUCUCUCCUACUGACAGCUUGGCGGAAGAACCAAAUGACUUGAACACAAUAUCUUCUCCAUUUCUGGUUCCUCGUGCUUCACAAAAUACAGAAGCCUCUCUCCCUCCAGAUACCGAUGAAAAAGAAUGUGUUUGGGAUGCUUCAUUGCCACCAAGUCCACUAAGUAGUGUUGAUAGUUGCGUAGUUAGAUCUAUGAGCAUUGCUAAUAGUUGUGCCAGCACUUAUAGGAGUGAUGGCAUUACGAGCGAUGGAAUGCUAAGCUUUGAAAGGAAUUGUGAGAGUACAAAAUGCAGUAUUCGAGGCGGAGACUCUCUUGAAAGUGCCAAAACUAGCAUGAGUCGAGCAAGUGAUAGUAGUGGCCUCAGUGAUGAUAGUAAUUGGAGCAACCUUACUGGAAGUGCUAAUAAGCCACACAAAGGGAAUGAUCCUAGAUGGAAGGCUAUCCUGGCCAUCAGAGCUCGGGAUGGAAUAUUGGGUAUGAGCCACUUUAGGCUACUCAAGAGGCUUGGUUGUGGUGACAUUGGAAGUGUUUAUUUGUCUGAGCUGAGUGGCACCCGUUGCUAUUUUGCUAUGAAGGUAAUGGACAAAGCAUCUCUUGCUGCUAGGAAGAAGUUGAGUAGAGCUCAAACAGAAAGAGAGAUUCUGCAACUGCUUGAUCAUCCAUUUUUACCGACUUUGUAUACACAUUUUGAGACUGACAGGUUUUCCUGUUUGGUCAUGGAGUAUUGUCCAGGAGGUGACCUUCACACCUUAAGACAACGCCAGCCAGGCAAACAUUUUUCCGAGUAUGCAGCAAGGUUUUAUGCUGCUGAAGUCUUGUUGGCUCUUGAGUAUCUUCACAUGCUUGGAGUUAUCUACAGAGACUUGAAACCAGAAAAUGUCUUGGUUCGUGAUGACGGGCAUAUCAUGCUUUCUGAUUUUGACCUUUCCUUGCGUUGCACCGUCUCCCCCACCCUAGUAAAAAGUUCCUCUGAUUCUGGCCCUCCAAAUGCAUUCUGUGUACAGCCAGCUUGUAUUGAACCUUCAGCAGUUUGCAUCCAACCUGCGUGUUUCCUUCCUGGAAUCUUUCCUAAGAAGAGCAAGAAAAAAACCAAACAACUAAAGAAUGAGCCUGGAUUUCUAUCCAGAACUCUUCCUGAGCUUGUUGCUGAGCCAACCCAAGCCCGGUCCAUGUCUUUUGUUGGAACCCACGAAUACUUGGCCCCGGAAAUUAUAAAGGGAGAAGGCCACGGAAGUGCUGUUGACUGGUGGACAUUUGGAGUUUUUCUGCACGAACUACUCUAUGGAAAAACCCCCUUCAAGGGCUCAGGAAAUCGUGCCACUCUCUUUAACGUUGUGGGGCAGCAACUGAAAUUUCCAGAUUCUCCAGCAACAAGCUAUGCAAGUCGAGAUUUGAUUAGAGGAUUGCUUGUGAAAGAACCACAAAACAGACUUGGAGUAAAGAGGGGUGCCACCGAAAUAAAGCAACACCCAUUCUUCGAAGGGGUUAACUGGGCUCUGAUACGCUGCAGCACACCUCCAGAGAUACCAAGACCAAUGGAGAUGGAGUUGCCAGGUAAGUUUGGGCCGGUUGACACCGCAGGUGUAGGUGCAGGUGCAGGUGCAGGUGUAGGAGCUGGUGUUGGUGUUGGUGUUGGUAGUGUCAGUAAAAGAAUGGCCAAUACCGACAUGAAGCCAGGCGGCGGUAAAUAUUUGGACUUUGAAUUCUUUUAGUGUAAUGCAUACAGGACAAACUUUGGCUGUGUUUUGGUAGAUCUUUGUAUUGUCCUGUGAAAAUUUGCACGCACAUGUUUUGCUAUGUGCAUUUUGAGCACCUAGUUAGGAACAUUCCAAUUGCAAUGCCAAUCAUCUGGAAAUCUAUAUAAUUUUUUCAGUUA